AUGAUGGAGACAGUCAACGAGUACGCCAAGCAGGACCUGUCCAACCUGGGCAGGGAGGACCAGACCUUGCUCCUGUUUGCGCGCUUGAUGGAGGGCGGCCAGGAAGACAGCGACACCGUCAACGACCUGGACGCCCUCACUAAGCUCCUGCAGGACGACCUCGACGCCAGAAAGAAGGACAAGUCCAUAUGCGACGUCAUCGACUCCGACUGCUUCGACACCAUCCUCUGCUACCUCGACAUGCGCCAGCCCGACGUCGUCCGCGGCCAUGCUACCCUCACCACAUCCGCCUAUCUCAAGGCCUCCGGCACCGACGGCUCCAAGAUGCUGCGCGACUUCUUUCAGGAACGCGUCAAACGGGGCACCUAUGACGACUACAUCGUCGCCUUCUGCGUCGCCGCCGCCAUCUUCCCUAUCGUCCCCGACCUCAUCACCGAGCUGUUCCUCAGUGAGGGCUUCCUACCCAGCCUGGGCCCGUUGAUGCGCAGGAAAUGGAAGAGUCGGAAGGUUGAGACUGCAUGUCUGGAGAUGCUGAACGCGGCGUGCAUGAAUCAGCAGUGCCGGGAGGCCGUGCAGAAAUAUUGCGUUGAGUGGCUGGAGGAGGUAGUCGACCAGGACCCGGACGAGGCUGUCAAGUCCAUGUUCGUCCGCGGCGCCGACGGGUCACACAGCGAGGAGGGCUCCGUCUCCAUGCGCAGGCACUCGGAGAAUGUCCAACAUCUGGCUGCUGUCAUACUUGCCAAGUUAAGAGCAAUACAGCCCGCCCAUCCACCAACGGGCAAGGACGGCGACCCCGAACGAGUCCAGCAGGCGAGCACCACCAUUGAAGAGCUGUCCAAGAUGUUUACGGAUAUGCUGAUCAAGGAUCCCGAGCAUUCGCGGAACAAUUCCAUCGAGGGGCUGGCCUAUGCCUCGUUGCGACCGAACGUGAAGGAGGAACUCGCCAAGAAUAAGGAAUUCCUGAAGCAGCUCGUAAAGACCCUGGAGAAUGCGCCACCAAAGUCACCACUUACUUAUGGAGCCUUGAGUAUCCUGGUCAAUCUCACCCGUUUCCAGCCCAACAAGUCUGAAGAAGAGAAGAAGAUGGACCAGCUCAAGGCGUACGCCAAUGCGGCGGGCAAGAUUGCGCCCGAUCCUUUGAAUGAUAAUGAGCAUGUCACAGCUCGGUCCUCACUGUCCCUCAUUAUAACCAUUAUCAACUCUCUCUCCAUAAUCACCAGCAUACGCGGCCAGCUGGCUCAGCAGGGCGCCGUCCGCCUUCUCAUAGCAGCCUGGAACGCUCUCCCCUCCUCCGAGGCUCAGACAAAACGCGUAGCGGCCCAAGCCCUCGCCCGCAUUCUCAUAUCCACCGACCCGUCACUCGUCUUUGGCGGCACACGGCCAACUCCACAGAGCGCAGCUAUCCGCCCAUUAGUAUCCAUCAUUGCCCCAGACCAGGAGGCCGAGACGCGCGACCUCCUCCCAACCUUUGAGUCCCUCAUGGCCCUGACCAACCUAGCAUCAACAGACGACGAUACCCGCAGCGCCAUCGUGCGACAGGCCUGGCCUGACCUAGAGGAGCAGCUUCUCUCGAGCAACGCGAUGGUGACCAAGGCGGCGGUGGAGCUGGUGUGCAAUCUGGUGCAGUGCGUCGAGGCGAUCGCGCUGUACGCGGAUGGGUCAACCAAGGCGCGCGACAGGCUGCACGUGCUGCUGGCGCUGGCGGACGCCGAGGAUGAGGGCACGCGCAGCGGGGCGGGCGGUGCGCUGGCCACGCUCGCGGGCGUCGAGGAGGUCGUGACCGCACUGCUCGCGCGCGAUCGCGGCGUGCGCAAUGUCCUCGGUCUGUGCGCCGACGAGGACAGCGAGGAUAUCCGCCACCGCGGCGUGUUUGUCGUGUAUAGCCUCGUCACUAUGGAUGGGGACAUCGGCGCGCGCGCUAGAGGCAAGGUUCGUGAGGAGGGCGGCGUCGACGUCCUACGCGAAUGUGCUCGGCGUACACGAAGGCCCGAGGUGCUGGAUCUGGCUGUGCAAGCCUUGAAGUUGCUUAUGGAAGAGAACUGA